UAGCUUGCCGCACGUUUUUCAUCGGUGACUGUCGAUCAUUUACAGCAAGAUUUCAAUCAGCCUGUAAGCAAGUUUCCUCCGUGAAGUCUUUACGCUUUCUAGCGCUUAUUUCUGUCUCUCGAUUCUGACGAUCCUCAGGAUCGUCUCGUGGGAAUCGACGAUUCUUUGAGAUUCUUAGAAUAGUGAUAAUUAAAACUGGAUCGACGAAAAUGAAGAUCGCCACUACAUUAUUCCUUUUCGUGGUCGUCGGAUGUACGUGGCGAGAGGCACUAGGCACGUGUGUGUUUCAAUCGGACUUCGGUUUUGUUCUAAACUGCGCUUUCAAAAAGUCCGGUCUCUUCCGGGUCAGAAAUCUCGGAGGUGUAAAGGGUUACGUCGGCCUGGGAUUUUCCAUUGGAGACGAACUAGGCUUUGGCCAAUCACUCUCCAACUUGGAAAGUGGAAAAAGAAGGAGCGUUCAAGCGAACAAAAUUAAUGGAGUUGCGUUUACUCCUUUGAAUGCUGCAAGCAAUCGGGAUGACAUUCGUGCAGGAUCGGUAAAUAACCGUCAAGUAGUACCGCCCUUCAAGCCGUUGCCUAUCGGAACAGUCAGACCGAUGACUCAGCAACCUGAACGUCAAAAACUUAUAGUAAACGCAACAGCUCUUAAAACGGCACCCAUGACACCAGCGAUGCAGCAAGAAAUACUGCGCCAGCAUCACCAACGAAUUCACCAAGAAAAUAAGAUGAAACAGCAGCAGAGAAUACAACAGGAGGCGUUAGCGGUACAGAUAUUAAAACAACAACGUCUGCAACAGCAGGAAGCUAUGCGGCAACAACAAAUGCAGCAACAAAAGAUGCAGCAACAACAGAAACAACAGCAACAGCAAAUGCUCGCACAACGACAGCAGAUUAUGGCGGUAGAAAACAAGAAGGAUCAACUGGUUAUGCCACAAAUAAUAGCGGUGGCGGGAGCGAUGCCGAAACUACCUAUCAUCGCCUCAAUUCCACCAGUUGGUAUGGUCGGAGCCGAGGCUCUUCCAUCAUCAAAAGCAACGGCUAAUUCAAUAUCGUCAAAUGCUGGCUUGCCACCUUUCAUCGCGAUGCCACAAUCAUCAACAAAACUCACGAACAGAAUCAGUAGUAGUGGCUCUCUGCUACAGGACUCGGAUAACGAAGUAUCAAAAGAUGAUUUCACACAGCUACCUUUGCCGACCGACGAGAUGGCUGCUUCAGUGAACGAAAUGACGCUGCUCUCAUUGCAACCUCUUUCUGCAACUGAUACUAGCCUUCAACAAAACGAGAAACGACAAUCUGUACAACUACCCAGCAGUUUACCUUCUUUGGCCCCCAUCCAAGGGAUGGAAACCUCGUUGAAGGCUCUCGCAGAAGCAAGUAAUAUUACUUUAGAAGCUUUGGAAGCAGCAAUUAUUCUGAGACAGCAACAGCUUCUUAAAAAACAACAAGGACUCACUAGUACUCCCAGUACUACCACAAUAUCCACACUUCCACCUCUUAAAAGUAAAUACAGCUCCGGAGUUACCAAAGUGAUGAAUGCGCCGCGGGAAUACUAUCCCGUUGGAUACGACAAGAACUUCGACGAUAAUUUCGCAAGUCGCGUCGAUCUGCCGGAUACGAGCUUCUAUUGUGGCGAUCAAAAACAUUUCCCGGGUCUUUAUGCCGACGAAGACUUGGGAUGUAUGGUUUUCCACGUUUGCGCACUAACAGACGAUGGUCUAAUCAUGAAGAGUUUCCUGUGUCCAGAAUCAACGUUGUUCGAUCAAACGAUUCUAAAGUGCAACUGGUGGUUCUAUGUAGACUGUAAAUCUUCAAAGAACUUGUACGACAGUAAUAUACCCAUCAGCAAGAGCUACCAGCUGAUGAAAGCCUUAGCGUUCUUCUCAGCGUACAAAAAUCACGAUAACAGUACAAACAACGCAGAGGAAAGCGAAGAUAAUUCUUGAAUCAGUAGCAGAUUAAUCAAAAAUUUAUAAAAUUAAUCAAAGAUUUAUAAGCUCAAUAUUCAAUAUCUGGAAAUCGUCUUGUUUCCAUGAUAUG